AUGAGAGGUAACAGCGAAAGUAGAAUGUCCAAGGAAAUGACGUCGGGAAUUAACCCAUAUGGAGAGAGGAAAAAAGAGUCUAGAAGUUUUGGAGACCUUUCCGACAAUUACAAUUUCCUGCAAAGUAACGAUUCCAUUGGUGACUCUUUCGAAGAGAGAGAAAAAAGAAAAAAAAUGAGAGAAGAUGAGUAUAACAAAAUUAUGGAGAGUUCGGAAGAGAAGAGUGACUUUUUCAAUGAUGAUAAAAAUUGCUAUUCCUACUCGGACAGAAGUGAAAAUUCUCAGUCACAAGUGAGAAAAGCAAAGCCAGUGGGGUCGGCCUACCCCUUGCAUGGAGUCACCCAUAGUCCAAACACGUACAAGAGUGGCAGAAGCAACCAUGUGCUUACACUAACCAGCAGAAAUUUAGAGGAGAACAUUUUAAGAAAUUUGGAAGACGACAGCAGCUACGAUGGAAAGUUUGGCAGCGACAUGGAUAGGGGUAAAAGUGUGAGAUAUAGUAGAAGGAAAUCCGUUACUAGCGAAAAAUCAUGCGAGGAGGGUCACUUCAGGCAUCAGAAAAGUAGCCUAAAAAGUGGAGGAAGUAGUCGCAGAUUUGAAAAGUGCCCCAGUGGGGGGAAAGUAAAAUUUGAUAAAAGCGAUAGCGCUGAUUGGCUCCAUAGGACGGAAUACAAAAUGGCACAAAUGGGAAACACGCGAAAAACAGGUCUUUGGUUUAUAGAUACCAUGAAUGAGAUGCUAGAUAGGCUUUGCGAUGGGAACGAAAAGGAGGGACACACAAACGAUGCAGCCGUUGUUAACAGCAGCUCGAACGCUAUCCAUUUAAAUUACCCCCCAUUAGGAAUAAACACCAUAUUGAGGUGGCCAGAAUAUUUAAAAUUGCAUAGCAUAAUUUCGGGCAUUCAUAUUUUUCCCAUCUAUGAGGGCAUACGCAGCGUGUUUAUAAAAUACCACAGAAAAAAAAUGGAAAGGAAGAAUAAAAAGGCGGGAAAAAGCGCUACCGUUUUAUCGUUACCCACAUUUCCGCACAAAAAUGGAAGAGACAGAUGUAUCCCAAAGGCUUAUUCAAAUUUGCCAAACUUGAAUGUGCCAACUGAUAGCGAAGUUACGGCACAUGCACAAUACGCUGGCAACAGAUUUCACGCGAAAAAUGGUGACAGCAUUCAUGAUGAUGAUUAUGAUGAUUUUCUCUUCUCCAAUUUGCCAUACUUAAUCCAAAAGAUGAGAAACAAAUAUAAUCAAUUCUGCGAACAUGUUGGAGAAACAAUAGAGAAUAUGGACAGAGAGAAUUACACAUUUAAGCAAUACUGUUUUGCACUUUCGAAAAUGUUUACCCAAAAUUUAAUAAAUAUGAUACCCUUUUCAAAGUUCCCUGGGCUGCUUAGCCAUAUGACAAAUUCCGUCCAGAAGUGUAUCCGUCAUAAUCAGAAUGAAGAAUCCAUGACGGAAACGGAUUUUAUCAACACGUAUAAUUUGCAAUAUAGUAACAGUAAAAUGGGAACUGCAUAUUCCCUACCGAUGGAGUUGGGUACAUCCAUGUCAAAUUUAGGUUCUACCAUUCCGAUGAACUGCAUGGGACAGACAAAAAACCCGUUCUCCAAUUCGAACGCACCGUUUGCUUGCAAGGGCGGAGGGAGUCACAUCUUUACCAGGGGAAGAAGCAUCAACGUAAAUGAGCAACAGAAAAGGCAUAGUCUCUCUCAAAAUUUCCAUGGCACUCAAAGGGAAAGUACAAUUUUUCCAGCAGGUACACUUGAGGAAAGACGAAAUUAUCUAACUGGCAAUUUUAACACCCUGCCAAAGUACAUAAAAACAUGUGCCAAUAAUCGCAAAAAAUUGAGCAAUUCUUUAAGACCCGCCGAUUUAAUAAAAAUGGCAAGUGUCAAAAAUAAUGCACUUAUAAACCUGGCCACAUUAAGGAAGUGUAAAUCGUCGUCCGCCACAUCAACAAGGCAAGAAGUAGUACCAACAAGAGAAGAACUAGUGCCAACGAGCCAAGAAAUAGUACCAACAAGAGAAGAAGUAGUGCCAACAAGCGAAGUAGUACCAACAACAGAAGUAGUGCCAAAGGUUAACACAGAAGCGGGGGUUGAGGAGGAGGCUGAUGCGGCAGAUAAGCACUUAGAUAACUCGCAAAAGAACUCGUCCGAUGAGCUAGGCGAGUCCUUUAAUGCAACCGCCAGUGAAAAUUACUGCACGGCGAAAUCGAUGCCCCUUAACUAG